CAGCUCAUUAAAGCACUGACGUUAGGAGUCAUUAGCGACAUUAGCGACAUUAACUACACCAUCAAAAUGCCAAUUGGCGACAUCAAAACACAGCCACUGCUUACAGCCCUUGUACGGUUUCUGUACAGUUUCUCUACUAUCCCCAUCCCCCAUCCUCCUUCCCCCCACAGUGUCAGACAAGCAUGCCCGAAGGAAGCUUGGCGUCCGUCAGCUUCUUGCGCCAAUGGCUUCAUGGCUUAGCGUAAGCGCCAACUCCUGAAUUCUCCCAUUUCCUAGCAGAUUGGUAGGUCUGGUUCUCUUUUCCUUUCUGUGUUGUGUUUCCUUUUCUAUUCGGUCUGGCCGUCACGAUCUCAUCACGAUCUCGAUAGCGACGCGAUGAAGUCGGUUAUCACCAUAUCGCUCUUGGCGCUCGUUCAGCUGUCUGCUGUCGAGGCCGUCGCUACUUUUCUGCCUUCGGGAUUCAAUGGGUGGUGGUGGCAAUCAGCGCUCACCGUAAAAGACCGUCUCUACAUCGACGGUGGCGAGGUCUAUUCACUGACAAAAGGCGGUUUCUACGGGUCCACCUAUGUGAUCGACCUUACAAAGUCUUGGACCACUUCUACCCUUACGGGGACAGGAUACACGAGAGAUAGCAGCUUCGCUGCCGCUCGGCGCCCACAGCUCUUCUACGAUGAGUCGCACGACAUGGUCUACAGCCAAGCUGGCCAGGUCUAUGGCUCACUCUUCCGCCCCACCGAACUAUUCUCAUAUGCGCCGCCUCAGGUUUGGGGUUUCAAGCCAGACGACAAAACGGAUGGGACAGUGACCUGGGCGGAACAAUACUCCAAGGCGCUCACCCCCACCUACCCCUACAUCUCGAGCGUCGACAACGCCCUCUGGGCUAGUUCCGAAAAGAAGCAUUACAGUCUCGGCGGUUCGAUCGGCUUCCUUUUCAACGCCUCGGACACAGGCUCGCGCGGAGAGCUUUCAAUGAACCAAUUCCUUACCUAUGAUUACGAGACCCAAACAUUCGAGAAUAGAACACACCCUGCGCAUUAUAUCCAAGGUGGGGCACAGUAUGUUCCGACAUAUGGCGAGGAGGGUGUCGUGCUUUUCUUUGGGGGCAAGACUCCUGUCGACCGGAAUGUGGCAGACAAUAACAUCGGCGACAUGGGCAUUAUUUUGGUCUAUGAUAUCCAUGCCGAUAAAUUCUACAACCAGAGCGCUACGAACGCGCCAGCUGGAAGAUUUAAUCUGUGCAAUGUGGGAGCUACCAAUGCGGGGAAUAAUUCAUAUGAAAUUUUCGUGUACGGCGGUACCACAGGCAUAAACAGCACCAAUACUGCAGUCGAGAUGAGCAAAGUGUUCAUUCUCAGUCUCCCUUCUUUCCACUGGAUCGAAGCCCCCCAGCCAGCCGACACCUGGCGCACAUCCCAUGCCUGCGAAGCCAUCGGCCCAGCGACUCUCGGAAAGCACAACAAGCGACAGAUGAUCUCCAUCGGCGGCACACAGGACCCAAGCCCCAACGGUGUAAGCCCUACUAAAGUCCAGGAUGCCUGGACCUCGGGGAUGAAAAUCCUCGACCUCACUGCUCUUACUUGGGCCGAUGACUACGAUGCGAACGCGAAGGCAUACGAGAGACCGGACGUCGUCAACACCUACUAUGACGAAAACACAGGCUACCCGAAGGUCUGGGGCGACCCAGCAUUGGAGGCUAUUUUCAAAACCGACCGCUCUCUGAAGGUUACAGCGCCAGCCUCACCCACAACAACCGGGAGCACUGCGGAUCCUACUUCACCUGGAGCCGGCGGGUCCGGAACCGGAACCGGGUCGCCGGAUUCAACGACAACUGAGAAGAAAUCUACAAACACCGGCGCCAUUGCCGGUGGUGUCGUCGGUGGUGUGGCCGGACUUGCUCUCGUCGGAUUAGCAGCAUUCUUCUGGAGGAGGCGGACAGCACAAAAGGACCAGAAAUAUAGUACUGCCCCAAACAACCCCGCGCUCGCCGGUCAGGGCCCAACGGAACUGCCGGUGACCUACACGGAUCAACCGAAGGCGGAGUUGCCGGUGCAGGAGUACUACAGGAGCGAGCUCCCGUGAUGUUCUCGUGUGUGAGUUUUUAGAUUGGGUGAGGAGCGAGGAGGGCCUCUGGCUAGGGGUUAUGGCGCAGAUUUUUAUAAGUUUUAAAUGUUAUUAAACGUUCGGGUAGAUUGCAUAACAUUUAGUUUUUUUCUAGCCUGCGCAUGGUAUAUGUAUAUAGUAAUUCAUAUCUGCU